UACACCCGCCCUUUACCAGCCGUCCAAUCAGAGGCGGCAGCAGCCAGGCAGAGCUGCCAGUGUGAGGCUGCACUCAGAAACAGAGCAGAGCCCUCUGCCCGCCACACUCUCUCAGCGAGCUACCUCGGUGGAUAGAAAAGACCUGAACGAAGGUUGCAGCACAACUGAGAAUCACAACUCAUUCUCCGUCACCAUGGAAACCAUUGAACAAUCAGAGCUGGCGAUGGACUGUGAAGUAGAGGUCUCUGUGGCUGAUUCACCUGAGCAGGGGAAGGAUUUCAGUGCAGAUGAUGAGCAAAAUGGUUCAGAGACAGAUUUAUCAGAUUUCCCAGGGGAAACAGCGGUACUUGGCAAAUUAUUAACUGACCUUCCAACCGGCACCAUUGAGAUUGACAAGCCUGACUGCUCUGAGACCAGCAUUUGCAGUGAAAUGCCUUGUCAGGAUCAAAAUGAAGCUUUGAUAUUAGAAUUAGGGCAUGAAGAGCUCAACAGGAAUGAGUCAAUCGCCUCAUCUGUGUCUGACACACUCUCCAGUGCUGACAGUGUAUAUGAGAACGAGGCCCAUCGUAAGAGGCAGGACAUACCAGAACAAGAUCCUGAGCAAGAACAAGUCCCUGAAUCUGACCAGUUUCCUGAGCCAGAGCAAGACCUUGAACCAGAGCAAUACCCUGAGCCAAAGCAAGACCCUGAACCAGAGCAAUACCCUGAGCAAGAGGAAGACCUUGAGCUAGGGCACCACCUUAAACAAGAGGAAGACCUUGAGCUAGGGAACCGCCCUAAGCAAGAGGAAGACCUUGAGCUAGGGCACCGCCCUAAACAAGAGGAAGACCUUGAGCUAGGGCACCACCCUGAGCAAGAGGAAGAUCUUGAGCUAGGGCACUACCCUGAGCCAGAACAAGACUCUGAACCAGACCAGUACCCUGAGCCGGAGCAAUACCCUGAGCUAGAGUUAUACCCUGAGCCAGAGCCUGAGGAUAAUGAGCUUAGUCUUGAAGGCGGUGGUUAUCAAAAUGUGGCAAUAGACACAGAGGAAGACCCAGAUCCCCAUGACAUCCAAUUUGAACCACCCAUUACAGAGGAGUCGAUAUUAGAGCAGUGUAUUAGAGAAGAGGCAAUGUCAGAUGUUUCCAAUGAGUCCUGCCAUGGCUUUGAGCCUGACGAAAUGGACGAAUGCCUGGACGCUGAGAUUGUGGCAGCUUCCUCAGACAGUGAUAAUGAUGAAAAAUGGAGAGCAAUAUUCUCUUCUUCUAUAAAUAGAGAAGACGAUGACUCAUAUUUGGACAGUCUUCAGCUGAGUGCCCAGGAGCUGUUUGUGCAGAAAGUUGAGGUGACAGACUUUGAGGAACAAGACAACAACGUUGAAGAAGUCAGUUUUGAGGUUCCACAAGUGGAAGAAGUUCUAGAACAACCUGAAGAUAAAAUUUCCUUUCCUAGCCCUCCACAAGAGGUUAAAUAUAACCCUUUAGGCCUUCAAUGUUUGUCCAAAAUCUCUGAAGAUGAGAGUGAAAAUGGCAGAGAUGCCAAUCAUAACCACACAACCCACCAUAAGCACAUCAAUGCAGAUUCGAACAAGAAGCUACCUAAAGACUUUUGUGUAAUACAAGAAACCAAGAGCAAGAAUGUUAGCACAGAGCAUGUGGACUUUCAGCUGGCUCGUAAACAGUGGCGGGAAAUGGAGGAGCAGACCAUGAACAAGAUUGUCUUACCUACAACCAAGCAGCCCAGCUUCCAUGGCAGCCACAGCUUCAUGUACACACCGGUCCGCAACAUUGAAAGAACUCACAAGAAAGCCCAUGAUCUGGAGAACUUAAAUCUGGUUGGCGAUUAUGCUCACACCCAAUUCAGUCCUUGCUCAGAGGAUUCUGGCCUGGAUGAUUCCAGUUACAGGUCCCCUUACGAUGACCCAGAAACACAAGUUGAAAGGGAGAUUCGCAUAUCAAUGGAGCGGGAGGAAAACUUCAGGAGAGAGAGGGUCUUCUCAAGGAUGGGCAAAUCCACUGAUUGUGCUCCAUCACGAAGUAUCCCCAGAUCUAUAAGCACUCCACUAACACCAUCAUUCAUCAUCACCUCCUCACCCACUAAGGAACCGCUGAAACAUGAAGUAUCAGCAAACAUUAUCAUUCUCGACCCUGGCAAUGAUUUCACCUCGAGCCCAAGAUUUGGCAAAGACCACGUGGCAGCUCAGUCUGGCGAGUGGCGCUCCGAGGACAGCAGCUCCAACCUCAUCAUCCUCGAAACAUCCAAUCUGAUUAUUCGCAGUGCCUCUGAGUUCUCUCUCAACAAAGCCUGUGAGCAGCCCCAGGAGAAAAUGUUCCUGAACAACCCCUUUUUCAAGCUGCGUUCAAGAAGCACAAUGUCACUGGUGGAUGAAGAGAUUAAGAUGGUGAAGCAGAGGGAGGACGAUCUGAAGAAAGAGAGGGCAAAUCUAUAUGGCGAAGACAGGUUCAAUAAUGAAAGGAUAUUGUCAAAUAACAAGGACACUUUGGCAUUUGACAAUUCAGUGGAUGUACCAUUGAAGUGCAAGUCCUCUCCCUCGUCACCAAUGAAAACAGCCUACAGGAUGGAUCGCUCUGCCUUAUCCUGUGAUCACAGAUUUCCAGAUGUCUACACAGGAGGAAGACGCAAGAGUUCCAUGGCUCUGCGCUGGGAGGCGGGCGAGUUUACAAAAACCGAGUAAAGAGGACCCGGUCAACAGUUUGCCAUAUAAGGGCAUUGAUUGUCAAUGUUAUACUCAUUCAAGUUAAAUGCAGUGUUGCAAGUGUUUUGUUUCAUCUUGUGACAUAACCUAAACUAUCUGCUUCUGUAAUGCUUUGGACAAAACUAGCAAGGCAAUGAGAAUGUUUAUGGCCACAUUACUUUGGACUAGGUGCAUAGAGUUGUAUACUGUGCCAUGGACAUAGAUAACCAUGGACAAAUCAAUUCCAGUUGGCCAGAGGGUGUGCAUUAUUUUCAGAUACCCACACGGCUCUGAUGUGGCCUCAUCACUUUUGAAUCAACACUCAUAGCUGGAAGGCUGCUGCAUGAUUUCAGCUCUUACUAGGCUUCAGCUUCUAUUACUUGUUGGAGUAGUAAAAUAACGUUUAUUACAAUAUUGAUAAGGACAGUGCCAACACAUUUAAAUUUCCAUUUAAAACAUUUUAAAACAAUUAUUAAAAACAAUACAAAUAUUUUUAACCGUGGUGAUGGUAUACAUGAGAGGCAAAUCCAGGUUAUCAGCUUAUGUGUCAUGCAAUCAUUUUCAAUAACUGCAUGCCUCCUUGUGGAUUAUCACUUGCCUAUUGAAGAACUGCUUAAAAGGUCUAAUCCAGAA